CAAAUUCAUCUGUAAGGGAGAAGAUCCAUCUAUAUGUCAACCUCUAGUAAGCACCGCACAGCACAACAAGAACACUGGGAAGUUUUCUAUGAAGGAGGAACAAGAUAAGAGAAAUAUCACCAUAACAGUGAGAGACGUAACAACAGACGACACUGGGACAUACUGGUGUGGAGCAGAAACCACUGACAAAACACACAGCAACAAAUUCUUCCACAAACUGGUGAUGACUGUAGUGUCACCGGCCGUGUCAACAAAUCCCCCUGCAACCUCUUCACCAUCUGUAACAAAGCCAGCUGCUGUUUCUUAUGGUGGUUUUGAUCGGACAUCUGUGUUGACGAUUGCUGUGGCCCUCUCUUUGGAUGUGCUGCUGUUGCUGCUUAUGCUCACUACAUAUUUUGUCUACACACGAUUUGCAGGUUUUAAGAAUACAAGGACAGAAGCAUGAAGAAAAUCAAAGAGAAGGAAAAGAAGUGCACUAGUUUACUUAUGCUAGAUUUCAAAAGAAGCCCUUUAUAAUAUUCCUGUAAUAUCCCACAUAUAUUCUGUAAUUUAGCCCAACUACUAAUGUCACCAUAACAGUUUAAAAUAUUAAAUUGAUAUUUCUCUUUAAUUAAUAUUGUUUAACUUAUAACUAAAUCAUUUUAUCCACAUUUAUCAUUUAAUAGUCUAACGUGAGCGGACACAUUCUACCUGCAGCAGCUAACUGUGAACUGAGAUCAAUGACUGAUCUCGUGGCAUUUGCAAAGAAAAAAACCGCGAGACCAGGAAAUAGUGUGGCUCCAACUUGGUGCAGUCGGAGAAAAGCAGCUGCGGCCGCCGGAUUCAGCGCAUGCAAACGCCUUGCUCCCACGAGGUUUUUACUGUCAUAUGACAUGGUGGGGCUUUGCAGCGCCGGCAAAAGUUGGACACAAUUUCUAACCAGCAUGCCUUUUUUUUAAGUCCAGCAUGCAUCACUUUAAGUCAUUACGUUUAUUAUGUCACUUAUUAUAAAUAGCCAUAAAGUUGUACUCCUGUGGUGGCAGGAAAGCAACUUAGCUGCCUUUCAUCUGAGUUCCAGUGUGAAACAAGACUGAUUUGUUUUUUUUAAUACAGUGAAUUAACACUACUUUAGGAUAUGCCUAUAUGAGUCGUAUUUGGAGGUUGGUAAAAACAAACUAUGUUGUCCUUGAGGUUGGAGGACUUGACAAAACAUUCCCUAUAAAGUAUUAUAUUGUUACCACAUGAGCUAAUGAUCAGAAACCCACUGUAGACCACAACGGGAAAUGUGUUACUGUAUGAUAUAAUGUAUAUGGGAAUGUUUUAAAACUUUAACUAUUUAUACAAUAUUGAUAAUAGCUAUUGUUCUUUUAAAUUUUUUUUACAGAAAAUCUGUUACUCAGACCUGUUUGUAUUUUAACUUACAGUGUUGAGCACAUUUUGAAUGGAGAGUUCUCCAGACUCAGAAAAUAAGAUGAACCCUAGAACUCGAUUUAUGCCAACUUUCCCACAAACCCCUCUGCCUCGCUGCAUUACUCCAGCAUCAACUUCCAAACAGCUCUGACAGAGUUGGUGGUGAGGCAGUGAUCCUCAAACCCAGCUCUGCUGCCUGAAAAUAUUCUACUCUGAAGCAAAAUCCAGCCUACUGUACAGUCAGCCAGCCGUCCAGCUCUUCAGAGGAUCCUCUCUACACAACAGUCAACAAGCCACAGCAGCACUGAGCAAAGAUCAGCCCUGUCAAUUUAUGACAUUUACUACAUGUAUGGUCAAAAUUUCAGGUCAUUCAUUGCUGAUGUGGUUGUUUACAAUGAAUCCAGCUCAGACUUCAGGAACUUCACCAAGAUAUUCAGAUGUUGGACGCUGUCAACUUAAAUCCUAUCAAUCCAGAGACACACGAUUCACUUCAUCAUCCACAUUGUUUGAGUCACCAAGGUUUGAACAGGACU